AUGGAAACAACCACAGCCGGAAUCACAAUUCAGGCACCACAGCUGGACAUCCAUACGGUUGCCGCCGGUGGUGGAUCUAGGCUAUUUUUCCGUUCGGGACUCUUCGUCGUCGGUCCGGAAUCAGCAGGUGCAUCGCCCGGUCCUAUUUCAUAUCGCAAGAAUGGUUUCUUGGCGGUGACGGAUGCGAAUCUUGUUCUCGGACGAAUUAUUCCCGAGUUCUUCCCGCACAUAUUCGGCAAAAAUGAAGAUCAACCUCUCGACAGGCAAGCAGCAGUUGAAGCGAUGCAAAAGGUGACCGAUGAAGCGAAUGACUUCUACCGCAACCACGCAAACGUUUCAAGACCUGAAAUGACCGUUGCAGAGACUGCAUUGGGUUUUAUUGAUGUUGCAAAUGAGACAAUGUGCAGAGCGAUUAGGUCGAUAACACAGUCAAAAGGGCAUGACACAUCGCAACACGUGCUCGCAUGUUUCGGUGGAGCCGGAGGACAGCAUGCAUGCGCUAUUGCAAAAUCUCUUGGAAUAGAAAGCGUAUUUGUGCAUCGCUAUUCUGGCGUUCUCUCAGCAUAUGGGCUCGCACUUGCCAAUGUCGUGCACGAAGCUCAAGAACCUGCUGCGAAAGUGUUCUCGAAAGGUGAGAAACGCAAAUUUCUUCACAAAUUUCAAUGCUCAUAGAUUAAUUCUUUGAAGCAACAAGGCCGCACUGAACUGCAAAAGAGUGGUUUCACUGAAGAGAAUAUACGAUAUGAACCGUUCCUCCAUAUGCGCUAUGAAAGAACCGAUUGUGCGUUGAUGUGUUCGUGUUCGUCAUCCUGUGGCUUGUCGUCGACCAGCGAUUUUGGCCAUAUUAAAGGCUACGAAGAAAGUUUUUGUGAGGCUUAUCAACGCGAAUUUGGUUUUGUCAUUCCUGGACGGGCGAUUGUUGUGGACGACAUUCGCGUUCGAUGUGUUGGAAUUAGCCGAACGGCUGAUUGUUUCACGAUUGAGGAGGCAAGCCAUCCGAAUAAACCACCGAUUAAGACUACACUGUUCUGUUGGUUCAAG